AUUCAAGGAGAAUCCAGUGGGUUCUGGUAGUCUUUAAUAGUUGAUUCUAAGAUUUGUAUUUGAUCAUGUAUAUGUUUUUGCGGUUUGUUCUUUGUUAUAGAGCCAAAAAGAUUGGAGAAGUGGUUUACCCAUAAAUCUCCAUUUUGGAUAGAUAAUUCUUCAUGUUGUUGUUUGUUUAGUGUUUUACAAUUUUCCAAGAAGUGGUUAGAGUCUAUGGAUUCUUCAACUACAUUGAGCUGAUUUCUGACGUGCUGUUCCCUUUUCCGUACUCUAUUUCUGUAUUGUUUUAGUGAUUCACCAUAGUGAAGGCGUAGACUCCGGUUUUCCUUUUGGUUGGACAGGUUUCUCAAUUUCUUUCUUAGAUUUUUGCAUUCUUCAUCAAACCAUUUGUCAUUGUUGUUCAUUUUCUUCGGUUUUCUAUUUGAGAUUUUUUAGAUUUGAUAGGGAAGCUGAGAUCAAGCUGAGGUCAAAUAUACUGUUAAGAUUUUCUACUGCCAAGUUUAUACCUUCACUAUUACAGUGGAACAUCUCUCUCUCUCGCUCUCUCUCUUUCUCUCGCUCUCUCUCUUUCUCUCUUUCUCUCUCCCCCCCGUCAUCUCCAUUUCUCAUCGCCCGCAUCACCUACCUACACGGUCUGCCCGUGCAUGAGUCUCGUCUCGCGCAGUUCAGUUGGUCGCCAGUGGACGGACGUUGCCCGGCCAAGGAUACCUAAAUGGCGGCGUCACCGGAGAAUGAGAUAGACCGUCGGCCGAUCCGGAGAGUCCGGUCCAAGAGCGAUACGCCCUACAUCACUGAGUCGCGUCUCUCUCUCCACCUGGAGACAGUUGAGGAGGUGGAGCGAAUAGCGGCGCUGCGAUCUGAUUCGCUGGUCCCUGGCACACACACCCCUCCCAUUCGGAGGCGGAGCAAGUUUGCCACCCUGGGGCGUCUCUUCAAGCCGUGGAAAUGGAGGAAGAAGAAGAGCGAGAAGUUCAAGCAGACAUCUUCUGUCCUGGAGAGGAAGAUGUCGACCCGGCAGAGCAGAGAGGAUCUGAUCAAGAGAGGAGUGAUGAAGGACAUCUAUGACAAAGACGGGGCGGUAGUAAUGAGAGGAGAGGAGGAGAAGAUGGAGAACGGGAGGUCUCCAGCAUUAGGAGGGUCUGAUCCAUCACCAUGUGAUGGAGCUGAGCUGAUGGAUGGAGCAGGGUCAGCCAUAGGUACAGUUGAGUUCCAGAUGUCUGGAGAGGGGGCGUGUCCACAAGACCACACCCAGAAUCCCAGCCAGCCUCCACCCACUAAGAAGGUUAUGGUGUAUCCAGGCGAAGGGGCUGGGGCAGAGUCAUCACAUCACACCAUAAAACAUAAAAAACAACCCCCAGUGCUACCCCCCAAACCGUUCAACAGGCUGCCCAACCACAUCACAGACGGUAUGCCAGUGAAGCUGCCCUGUAUGUCCAUGAAGCUGUCGCCUCCUCUACCUCCUAAGAAGCUGAUGAUCUGUGUGCCUGUGGGUGCGGGGGGGAGCAUGGAGCCCUCGGCCCUCACCUUUCAGAAGUGCCCCCCUCCCUCCCACCACGUGGGGUCCCUGGGGGGCCACUCCCUACACUACGGGACUCUCCCUGUGCCCCUACACCCCCCCAGCCGCAUCAUCGAGGAACUCAACAAGACCCUGGCCCUCACUAUGCAGCGAUACAAGAGCUCGCUGCACCACGCGGUUCCCGCGGUGAUGAUAUCAUGUGACUACAACAAAGAGAACCUCCCCAACGAGGAAGACUAUCAAGAACUACCUGGUUCGUACAGGGAUGAGGAUGAUGAAGAAGAUGACGAUGAUGAUGAUGAUGAUGAGGAAGAGGAGGAAGAUGAUGAAGAUGAAACACUCUUUACAAGUACCCUGGCUCUGAAGGUGUUGAGGAAGGACUCCCUGGCCAUUAAGAUCAGUAACCGUCCGUCACAGAGAGAGCUGGAGGAGAAGAACAUACUGCCCACACAGUCAGACCAGGAGAAACUGGAGUUCAGGCAGCAGAUAGGCACCAAGCUCACACGGAGGUUGAGUCAACGGCCAACUACAGAAGAGCUGGAACAGAGAAACAUACUCAAACGCCACAAUGAGCUGGAGGAGCAGGAGGAGAUGAGGGAGCUCAAGAAACGCCUGUCGAGAAAGUUGAGUCAGAGGCCCACGGUGGAGGAGUUGAGGGAAGCUAAGAUCCUGACCCGCUUCAGUGACUACGUAGAGGUUGCUGACGCUCAGGACUACGACAGGAGGGCAGACAAACCCUGGACACGACUCACAGCUGCUGAUAAGGCUGCCAUACGUAAAGAACUCAAUGAAUUUAAAAACACAGAGAUGGAAGUGCAUGAGGGUAGUCGCCAUCUCACCAGGUUUCAUCGACCGUAGUUCUUCUUCUGCCAUCUUUUACAAUAACCUCAAGUGCUGGAUCGCAAACUACUGCCUCUGUGUACCACACCCCUUCGCUUCCAGACCAGAACACAACAAGACCAGAACUGGACCAGAACCACACUAGAACCAGAGUAGAACAUGUACUGAAACUGACCGGAAACGUAAUCUGAACCUGGAGGGGUGUGUGUACAGAACUGGGCAGCUGACACCUACUCCAGGCUCCAGUGUUGACCCAAAAUAUGUGCCAAUAUCUAGAGAGGGCAGACUGGACCAAUCACAACAGUAUCUUGGUUCUGUGUUUAUAGAGAGGUCACAGUGUGGCCAUGUUGGGGUUGUGGAGAGGGAGCAUCGUACACAUGGAGAGAGAUUGAUGGAAAGCACUGGAUGGACUGACUGACUGGGUUCUCCUCUAAACGGAGAUUAUAUGGACUAAAACGUAUUGUUUUUAACAGCCUUUUAUUAUCCUUUUUAAUUAUGAAGAUAAUGUGUUUACUUUACUGCACUUUAGUUUUUGACGGUACUCUACGGAGGGGUUAUGGAACUCUAUUCCUAUAUCUGUGCCAACAAGACUUUGAGAUUGUGGGAGAUUGAGUUUGGGAGGGCAUCCGUAAGGAAUACAGAGAGACAUCCUACAACUGAUUGGUUAAAAAAUGAUUAUCCUCCAUUGGUUAAUGUUCCUGCCUUUUUAAUACUUUUUGGUACAUUAUUAGUUUGACUAUUUUCCAUUGUGGGCUGCUGUUUCCAAAACAGAAGGACCCUUUUAAUCUGAUAGUACUGCAGAAUAGGAUUCUGUAAUAAGUGUGUUGUGGUUAAAGUACUAUUUUACAAUACCGUACCCGGUAUGUGCUAUUCUGAAGGAAACUGUAGUAGGAGAAUAUGAUCGGAAUAUUUACCUCUAAAAACGUUGAAAUACAACACAAAACUCUCCUGUCCA